CUCUCGUUCCAUUCAUCCACUCUAUUACCCACCACCAAUACUACGCUACUACCAUCCAUCCCCAACAGACACGCAGCACCAUGCCGGCGAAGCGCUACGCACAGGAGAGUUCCGCCGCCGUGCGGAGCGAGGUCGCCGGUCGUCCACCAACGCCUCCUCGCUACUACGGAGAACCACACAAGUUUGAUCCAUUCUUCAGAGGUCCUGUCCGCAAAAGGAGCUGCACUGAUGUCCUAUGUUGUUUGAUCUUCAUGGUCGUCAUCCUUGCUUAUGGGGCUCUUGGGAUUGUGGCCUGGCUGCACGGAGACCCCCGGAAGGUUCUCCACGCCACAGACAGCUACGGCCAGUUCUGCGGACAGGACGGAACGCCCAACGCGAAGAAGCCAAUACUGUUCUACUUCAACAUCCUGAAGUGUGCCAACCCAUCUGUUCUUAUCAAUCUUCAGUGUCCGACCACACAGAUGUGCGUGUCAAAGUGUCCGGACAGGUUUGCCACCUACACAGACAUGCAGCUGCAGAACGCGCUGGGCAGCAGUUACUGGAACUAUUACAGGCAGUUCUGCAAACCUGGCUUCAACAACCCCAACAAGCCCGUGUCUCAGGUUCUGCGAGACGAGGACUGCCCAUCGAUGAUCAUUCCUAGCAGACCAUUCCUCCAGCGGUGUCUGCCGGACUUCAUCCCUCUGAACGGGACGCUGACGGUGGCCAACCACACCCGGUUCAGAGACGCCCUGGACGCCCCUCGCAGCGUGGCCGAGCUGCGUCAAGCUGCCAAUGGCAUAACAGGGCUAGUGGACGCAAAGGAGUGGGGCAUGAAGAUAGUGGAGGACUAUGCUAAAUCCUGGCAAUGGAUACUCAUUGGUCUGCUGAUAGCUGCGGCGGUUAGCCUAACCUUCAUACUGCUACUGAGGUUCACUGCCGGCUUGCUGCUCUGGGUCACCAUCCUCGCUGUCAUGCUCCUCGUCGCUUACGGAAUGUGGUACUGCUCUAGAGAGCUCUCUGGCCUCGGUGAGAGACCAGGCUCCGAUGUUGCCAUUAUGGAGGUUGGCUUUCAUACCGACCUACAAGUCUAUCUUCAGCUGAGGCAAACAUGGGUCAUAUUCUUGGUUUUCCUCGGGGGGAUAGAGGCUUCCAUCAUGUUGAUGCUGAUCUUUCUGAGGGGAAGGGUCCAAGUAGCCAUCACUCUUCUCAGAGAAGCUAGCAAAGCUACUGGCCACAUCAUGUCGUCUCUGUUCUACCCUCUCAUCACCUUCCUCCUGCUGGCUCUCUUCAUCUCCUAUUGGGCCGUUACCGCAGUAUUGCUAGCUUCCUCAGGUGAGGCGGUCUACAAGGUGAUGGCACCAGAUAUCACCUGUCCCUAUGCCAACAGCACCUGCACCCCUGAGACGUUCAACAGGAAGUCCAACUGGUCGGCGGCGGCCAGGGCGUCCUGCGAGGGCUCCCGCUGCACGUUCGCCCUCUACGGCGGCGAGACGCCAUACCACCGCUACCUGUUCCUGCUGCAGCUCUUCAACCUGCUGGCCUGCCUGUGGCUGCUGAACUUCAGCCUGGCCCUGGAGCAGUGCACCCUGGCCGGGGCCUUCGCCAGCUACUACUGGGCCCGCCGGAGGCCCCGCGACGUGCCCCCCUGCCCGCUGUUCUCCUCCUUCAGCAGGGCUGUCAGAUACCACACAGGGUCUCUGGCUUUCGGCUCACUGAUUCUGUCAGUUGUCCAGCUUGCCCGAAUACUGUUAGAAUACCUGGAUGAGAAACUAAGAGGAGCUAACAACGUCGUAGCCAGGUUCAUAGUGUGCUGCCUAAAGUGCUGUUUCUGGUGCCUGGAGCGAUUCAUACGUUACAUGAAUCGCAACGCUUACAUCAUGGUGGCCAUCUACGGAACUAACUUCUGCACCUCAGCGCGGGAGGCCUUCUUCCUACUGAUGAGGAAUGUCGUCAGGGUGGCUGUCCUCGACAGGGUGACAGACUUUCUGCUGUUCCUCGGAAAAUUGCUCAUCGCAGGCGGGGUUGGCGUGCUGGCUUUUUUCGUCUUUGACAGAAAGCUCACUAUAUUCGUGGAAGUGCCCGACCUCAACUUUUAUUGGGUCCCGAUUGUGACGGUGUUCCUGGGGUCCUAUCUGAUCGCCCAUGGCUUCUUCAGCGUGUACGCCAUGUGUGUGGACACACUCUUCCUCUGCUUCUGUGAAGACUUGGAGCGGAAUGACGGCAGCGCGGAACGGCCUUUCUUCAUGUCCCCAGGGCUCCACCAACUUCUUGGAAAAUCCAGUCCGUCUCGGUAGCAUUUCUUCACCUGGAUUUGCACGCAUUAAAAUCGAUCAGACAAUCGUCAUGCAACAAGCUUUUUCAAAGCUGGUGUCCCCGUUUCUCUUUCACAACCGGUGGAAGAAGCAAAGAGAGAAGAAUGCAUGUCACCUAAAACCUGCCCGUCACUUUCCUAAUCAGUGUCUCCCAGAGAGUUAGUCCGACCUUACAACUGCGAGCAACAGCGAGCGAGGCUUCCUGGGGAGGUUCUCUCUCUGUGAGAUCUUUGUAUAAGGACGAACAAGGAAAGGUAGAGCGCGUGAUUCCAUGUGAGCCUAUGGUAGAUCCUCACGUUGUUUACCACAACAUAUGUGUUGGCGACACUUAAAAACCAACCGUUGAACUACUAGUCGCGUGCCACUGCUUCAAACCGUCUAAGAGACCACACAACGACCUUCUACUGUAUAGCUUCUGGAAUAGCUGGAUUCAUACUUUAAUGCCGCCUUAUCUUAUACUGCUUUGACCGCAAGUGUUUUUCUUCUAUCCCGAAACAAUAACAAUUUUGGAGAACUGAAAAGAACAGUAAAUCUCAAUUCAGAGACGAGGUUGGUUGCAAGGAUUCAGAUUCCAUGUGACUGAGGAAGCCUGAGCUCUCAAAAGAGACUUGAAUAUCUAUAUAUAUUGCAUGUCAUGUCAUGUAUGUGUUCUUUGUGGAUAAUAACCGUUCAUUGUUCCAAGGGCUAUGAUGGUAUGUUAUAUUUUUUGGGCAAUUGUACAUUAAGCAGACUUUUUUCAAUUCAAUCUUCAUGCUGUACAUUUUUAUGUACAAUAUCUAUGGCUGCUUUAACAUUUAUUUAAGCACUGUGAUUGUAUGCGUUGAGGUAACUUCAUGUGAAGGUAUAUACAAUAGAAUGAUGAAUUAAUUGAUUGAUAGUUUUUUUGUAUACUGAUAGUGUUCUAUAAUAACAUGAAUUGUUGUGAGGUUCUCCAUAAAAGGGUUAGGCGAUGUCCAACAAGUUUUUACAGUCACUCUUUAUGACAUGUUCCUGUUGCAAUAGGACGACGGGAGAGCUUCGUCCUGAAUUCGAUGAUCUCUGGAGAAGGUAAUCGUCAUAUCAAUAGUUACAGAUGGAUAACUUUUGGUUUUUGGUUGGAUUUUGAUAAAAAUUGUCUCGACCGUAAAAUGCCAAUUAUACUGUCGGUGGUGUUAUAUAGUCCUCAAUUUAUUGUAUGUUACAGUUUUAUAGUUUUUUUUUUAAUAAGGACUGUAAAAUGCAUACAAGAUAUUUCACUGUAUAUAUUUCACUUUAUACGCAUCCUCUUGAGAGAUAGGUCAUUAUGGUAACCUUUACUAAAAUGAAAGGGGCGGCAAGUCUAAUAGAAGGGAAAGGUGAUUUUUGUUAUCGCAAUCAAAUGGUAGAUUGGAAUGUACAUUGCAUAAACUUUGAAUUGAAAUGCAAAUGAUUGCUUUUUUUAUAGUGUAGUUUCAGAAGACAUCUCUAUGAUUUUCUCUAACUGUCAUUCACUACCAGAACAUUAAAAGCUUUUUCAAAUUUC